CACGCCGGUCGUCGGAACGAGCGUUUCGCGCAUGCGCGUCAAUAAAUAUCAAAGGAACUGUCACUACGGAACUACGUAAAUAAACAAGUGAUUCGUUCUGUGCCCGAAGUAUAUUGUGUGUGCCUAUUUUUAUAUAAGAUUUCUUACAACAUUUUUAUAUUUAAUUGUGACAAAUUGUGCUACGAAUUUCUGAGUGUAACACAAGUAAUGUGCAGAAGAAACUGAAGAUAAUAAAAUGAAACUUCAAAGUAUAUUAAUUUUGAGUGCUUUCUUCUUAUGUGACGCUAAACUGUCUAGAAAGCAACUUAUCCGGGCGAAUGAGUUACCAUCAAAUCUCACACAAAAUUCGCAAGCUGUACGACUGUUGCAAGAAGAAAGAAGCAGUAAAUCGACAAAACGAAUAGUUGACCAGUAUAGAACACGCCAUCGAAGGGAGUCAUUUGAUGCUAAAUCUUAUGAAUCGGGUUUAUUAUGGUCGCAUGCCGAAAGGCUGGAUGAGAACGGUGACGUAAUCCUCCGAUGGGUGUACACAGAUUCGAGUAUUACGUUUAGAUUAGAAGCGAAAACACUUGGUUAUGUCGGCUUGGGUUUUAAUUCAGCCAGGAAUAUGAGAGGAGCCGAUCUCGUUGUCGCCUGGGUGGACGACAGACAUCUCAACGCUCAAGUCCUGGACUGCCAUGGUCUUACGUUCGAAGACAGAGCUGUCGCAGACGAGAUACAGAACUACGAGCUGAUAACUGGUUACCAAAACGCUACCCACACUACCAUCGAGUUCAGGCGGCUGUUGCUUACGUGUGAUAGACAGGACUUCGUUAUUGGGGAAGACACAACCCAAGUGCUCUGGGCUAUGGGUCCGGAUGGGUCUGAUGGAGACCUUCCACGACAUUUUAACGUCGUUUCCAGACCUCUAAGACUGUUGCAGCCACCUUCCAAGCCCGCCAACAAGUUGAUGCACUGGGAUGUUAGGAUCAGCAAUCUGACAAUUCCUCACGUUAUGGCCACAUUGUUCUGGUGUAAAGUAUUUAAAGCACCGGAAGUUCCAACCAAACACCACAUAGUCGGCUACGAGCCUUUGAUAGAUAGUCGACCAAUUCGAAAUGGCAGACCUAUUUUGGAAAAGAACAACCUGUCUCCAGUACAUCAUAUGGUGCUGUAUGAAUGCGCUGAAGAUAAUGACAGAAAACAGUGGAAUGAGUGGGCGGAAGGCGAUGGCUUCUUUGGUCCAACUAGACCUGGUGAAUUUGGACUUUGCGUUACCCCAAUCGCGGCAUGGGCCAUGGGAUCCAAAGGUGAAUUCCUGCCUGAGAACGUUGGGAUUCCUCUAGGCGAGAAAGGAGGUGUUUCCUUCUACAUGCUAGAGGUUCAUUACGACAAUCAGGCGCUUCAUGACGUUCUGGAUAAUUCUGGUAUCCGAGUGCACUACACUUCCGCCCUCAGAGCCCACGAUGCUGCUCUACUGGGUACAGGUGUUGGUGUAUCAGCCCUACACGUCGUACCUCCUAAACAACGAGCCUAUAGAACUGUCGGAAUUUGUAGCUCAGACUGUACCAAUAAUACUAUGCCAGAAGAAGGGAUUAAUAUUGUAUCAGUAUUGCUUCACGCUCAUGGUGCUGCACGAAAAAUCUCACUCAAACAUGUUCGAGGAAACGAGGAACUUCCUAGAAUAUCACAGGAAAAUACAUAUGACGCUCGCUAUCAACAAUCUCGUAUUGUGCCUGGAGGCAGAAAAUUUUUCCAAGGAGACAUUUUAAUAACAGAAUGUACUUAUGACAGCACUUCGAGAGAUAAGCCAAUUAUAGGAGGGUACUCUGCUACACAGGAAAUGUGUCUGUCAUUCGUUCUAUACUAUCCUCGUACUGAGCUGGCCGGUUGCUAUUCGAACACACCCGUCGUUGAAUUCUUUGAAACUUUCGGCGUUAAAGAAUUCUAUGGUUUGUCUAUGCUUCAUUUGGAGAAGAUUUUUUUUAUGACCGGGUUUGACGUAUUACCUCCUGAAUCCAUCUUACCACACUUAAGACACAAUGAUCAAGGACCUGUACGCGAGGGAGACGAUCAAGGAGUAGGGUUGAUGAAGGGUCUAGUUAUCAAGGAGCCUUUGGAAUUCCACAACAAGACGUUCAUGGACCAUUUGAAUGAAAUGCCGUGGUCAGAGCCCUUGCUCACGGAACAAAUAGAAAAAAAAUUGUAUAGCGGCUUCCACAUGACCUUCUGCAAGAAAAGAGACGACUCCUGGGGAACUCCGAUACAAAUAGAGGAAUUCCCAAUUUUUAACGAAAUCAGAAACAACGACGUAGCGGAGAAGUCGUGCAACUACAAAAGUGUCAGACUACCCUCCAUAACAAACACUACUGGCUCUUCGACUACACACUACCUUUCUUCCGCGAUUCUGGCUCUUUGUCUAUUCAUAACCAUAGCACGGUAACUAAGCCAAUGCUAGCUUUGAGCUUCGAUUGCAAGAGCUUAUUCCGUUGUUUACACACUGUGACAAACUGAGCCCCAUCCUUAUUGUAGCAAUAAACUCUUUUGUAUGAAAGAUGCAUAUUUUUCGAGCGUAUGUUUUGUGAUUUUUGUACUUAUUAGUUUUGCUCACAGAACGUGUCUUUGUAUAGUGAUAAAUGUACCAAAAUGGUAUGCGUGUGUUAUAUUAUUUUGAAUACAUAAGUAUUGAUAAUUUUUAAGUUGUUAAAUUCCAACGAAAUUUUCAUUCAUGAAAUACGUUCAGCAGAAGUUCCUUUUAUUUUUAUAGAAUUUUUUUUCCCCCGUUAAUGAAAUGUAAUUAAAGUAUUGAUUUAAUGUUUCCGGCGUAGUCUCUCCGUAUUCGUCUCUGUGUAAUAUGUAAUCUACUUUUAUUGUAAACGAUUUCUUAAUAAAUUUAUUGGUUCAUUCAAAAUGAUAGCCAAUAGUUUUUAAUGUAAGUCAAAUAUUCAACAAGGGCUGUGCUAAACAUGCUCUAUCUUACCCUAUACAUAUAUAUUUUGCUAGAAUUUUUUCUCAUAUAAGCUCGUUGGAGAAAUUAUUCUCAGGUUGUAAUAAUAUUUAAAAUUAUUACUAUUUGUUGUGUCAAAUAAUCGCAUUUUGCUAUUUCUAUUUUAUUCCCUAAGGAUAGUUUAAGGAUACGCUUAGUAUUAAUUAAGUUUUAUUUAUUUAAAAGUCAAUAUAAAAUGUUUUAUUUCGUGGA